AUGAGCUUAGAUAGCGUUAGAACCACAACGCUCCCCAGGAAGAGGUUGUAUCCGCUCAAGAUGGAAACAUUACCAAUUUCUGAAACCAAUCAACAAAAGGCCUCUCUUUCUACCGAAGCUAACGAUACUGAUAUAUCCCUGUUAAAAGAAACGUCACCUGUUAUCCCAAGAACAAGUUCAAGCGCGGGGACUGAUAAUGAUUUUAAAUUUAAGAGGCAUAAGAAUAAGCAUAUCGAGGGAGCUCCAACGUUAGGAGAAAGGUUAGACAACCUUCAAGAUGUUAAAAAAGCUAAAUGGAUAGAAAACUUUGACUCGUCCGCUCCCAAUUUAACCAUCCCUCAGCAAUCAACACAGAAGCACAGAUUUGAAACUUCCAAAACAGAUCCAGGUAGUAUCCCUUCCUCCCAAGCAAAUCCUGAUAAUUCAGUCUUAAGGUCCCAGCAACCAACUAUGAACGCUUGGCCACCGUUUUACUAUGGUGUUGUACCAUAUCCCGGCUCUCCUGGAUACCAUCCCCAGAUGGUACCUCAACCGUUCAUGCAACUAGCGCCGCCAGGAUCCUCAGUGCCCUCUCAAUAUUAUAGUCAAUCAGUCCCCAUGAUACCAAGCACAUCAAUUCAACCAUUAUAUUCGGCGUCCCAACAAAGCAACUCAGAGCUCUUACCAGCGCCAACGUUACAUCCAAAUAACUUACAAUAUGUUCAAAAGACUAGAAAAGGUCGAAAAUCCUUAGCUGAUCAAAGAGGGCGCAGACUGUCGAUAAUGUCAAAUAGAGAUCAAAUGAUAAUAUCCCCACAUCGUGAUGUUCCAGAUGAUCAAUUUUACAGACAUAUUGGAAAUACCUCUUUUGGAGAGGGAUUACAAGUCAGACAGCUUUUCAAUUGGUGUGCAAUCAGGAGCUAUGAAACAUUGAAUGAAGGUGACAAUACUAAAAAUAAGAUGCUGGACUAUAAACUGAGGAUCAAUGAUGAGAGAAACUCCUUUGUGGACUCAAAAAAAAUUGCAAUGGGUAUUAUUAAAGAAUUCAUCACGGACCUAAGACGAGGCAACAUUGACAUUGACUGGGAAUAUGAGGGUGAUGACACCAUAUCUAAUAGUAGUGAAGAAGAAGUCUCAGAUGAUCGAGAUGAAAUCCGAGAAGACACAGUAUUAAGAAGUUUAUUUGAUGAAGGAGAAGGCCAAAAAGAAAGAAAGAAAAAGAGUAAGAGGAAAAGAUUAAUAACGGGUCAAGGUGGUGAUAGUUUUGAGGAUAAAUAUCUUUUACCAAACCCAAAGAAUGUUGAAAAUGAAAACAACUUGACUAUUCUGACAGAAAAAGUGCAAAGAUUAAAGGAAGGCUUCGCUCAAUGGGCAAAAGCUUUAGACCAACAAGAUCCUACGCAAGAAUGGCAAGGCAUUGAUGAGAUUCGAAAGGCGGAAUUAAAACUCCUUUCCAGAGUGGGACAAAAUCAUAAUGAAACGCAAAAAGGAAAAAUAAGUGAAUUGGAAGAAGAUAUUGUUAAACGUAUAAACCGAAUGCACAUUCACGCGCACUUAUUAAAUUCACAUUCAAACACUUUAUGCGAAUUAACUGGGAAGAAAUUAAAUGCAGUUUCACAGGCGGUCAUUGAAAAUGAAAACAUAACGAAUAAACAUACCAAUCCAAAACGUUUAUUGCGUGGUCUGAGUGACUCGUUGUCCACACCUCACAGUUAA